UGUAGGAGUCUUGUACCUGGGUUUAUACCGGUAUACGCCUAGUCUACACAUUUAUAAACUUAUAGUCAUAGUUUUGCUUCUGUGGGAUCCACAAAAAACGCAGCCUACUCCCCGCUUUUGCACUUAACCAAAAGUUUCCAAUUCGCGUGCCAAGCCCAUGUCAUGCAGAUGACGCUGUGUGGACCCUGAAUCGGCCUCAGAGACGCCCCGCCAGAUAAUUUCCUGCAACGUCAACACCAGCAUCUCACUUUCCUCUUGACUUUCUAUACAUACACGUGUUACCCAUUCAGACAAGAUGAGUGUACAAAAUGGCGCAGCGGACCUUCCCGCCAUGAAAAACAACCCCAAGUUCAUCUUCUUCUCAGAUUUUGACGGAACCAUCACAUUACAAGACAGCAAUGAUUUCAUGACCGAUACCAUUGGCUAUGGCCGCGAAAAGCGUCGCGAAGGUAACAUCAACUGCUUGAACGACAAAGUUACAUUUCGCGAUUCCUUCUACGAGAUGAUGAGCAGCGUCACCCGCCCGUACGACCAAUGCAUCCAGUACCUUGUCGACAACAUCAAACUCGACCCCGGCUUUGCGGAGUUCUUUCAGUGGAGCUUGGCGAACAACAUACCAGUCGUAGUGCUAAGCAGUGGCAUGGAACCCAUCAUCAAAGCACUUCUGGAGAAGCUGGUGGGCCCAGACGCGAACAAGAUGCAGGUCCUUGGUAACUACGUGGGCGCGAGACAAGGCAAGAGUAUCAAUGAUGAGGCUGGUUGGGAAAUUUUGUUCAGACACCCCGAGUCCGGGUUCGGGCACGACAAAUCGGUGGAGCUGAGAAAAUACUCGAGUCUGCCAGCGGAUAAACGACCUGUUCUCUUUUAUUCGGGGGAUGGAGUAUCUGACCUCAGCGCCGCGCGGGAAACCGACCUGCUGUUCGCCAAGAAGGGGCACGAUUUGAUCAACUACUGCGCGCGCGAGGAUGUGCCUUUUACCGUCUUCGAGGACUGGUCCAACAUCCUGGCAAAGUGCAAGGAGAUCGUCGAGGGCAAGACGACUGUGCAGCAGGCUGCUAAAGAUGGCUUUGAGGCAUACAAGAACGGUGCUGCUGGUUUUGAGAAGGCUACUGUGAAAUAAGCAUAUCACGGCAGGAACGAUUUUACCCAGAAAUCCAGAGCGUGGCGAAUCAUAUACAUUGG